AUGAUCGAAAAGUUGUGUUUGGCGUUGGUUUUCGCUAUUCAAAAGCUGAAGCACCACUUUCAAGCUCAUGUCAUCCGUCUUGUCUUAAGGGCGAACCCGAUCAAGUUUGUUAUGUCAAAACCCGUCCUCAAUGAUCGAUUAGCAAGGUGGUAUCUCCAAUUUCAACAAUUCGAGAUUGUGUAUAUCCCACAAAAAGCUGUGAAAGGACAAGCUUUGGCAGAUUUCUUGGCAGAUCAUCCAAUUCCCGAUGAUUGGAAGUUGACUGAUGAACUACUUGAUGAGGAUACGAUGGUCAUCGAAGUGCAACCACCGUGGAAAAUGUAUUUUGAUGGUGCCACACAUCGUGAGGGAGCUGGUGGAGGUGUUGUGUUUGUCACUUCUCAAGGGGAAGUUAUGCCAUAUUCCUUCACCUUAACACAACAUUGCACCAACAACGUUGCGGAAUAUCAAGCACUUAUACUUGGGCUUGAGAUGGCCGUUGAUAUGAGACAACUCCAAUUACAUAUUUUUGGAGACUCUGAGUUAGUGAUCAAUCAAUUGCUAGGUAGCUACGAGGUCAAAAAGCCAGAAUUGCGUCGUUAUUAUGAUUAUGCGCAGAAAUUGAUUGGAUGGCUUGGCAAUGUAACUCUUCAGCAUGUGCCAAGAAAGGAAAAUAAGAAGGCUGACGCCCUACCUACUCUAGCCAGACACAAAUCACUAUCUACCAAAAAUGGAUAG